AUGGCGGGAGAGAAUUUUUACGCAGCAGGAGCACCAGCCCAGCUGCUGGUGGGCACGGGCGCCGCGAGCUCGAGCACCUCGUACGCCGCCGAAGGUGCUUUGCACCUCACGACCCAGCAUGUCGCCGAACACAUGGCGGAAGUGUCGCGGCAGGUGGUCGCGCACGCCCAAGAACUUUCCGCGCACGUGAACGAGCACGUCCAGCGGCAGUUGACAACCGCUACGGUUACAGUUACCAUGGUGAAGGUAAAAGAGCCAGAAAUUUGCGAGGCCGGCGGCUCCGGCCUUCUCCUCCCCCUGUUUGGCGAUGACGAAAACGUCGACUGGCCAAAGGGACUUCGUCAAUUCCUCUACCUCAUCGGCACGCUCUGGUGCUUCUUGGGCGUUGCUAUCAUCGCCGACGUCUUUAUGGUAUAAUAGUUUUUUGUCUAAGAAGCUUGCACUACAUUGUAUUUCCUACGGCUGUGCGUGAUAUUCAAUGUUGUAUGUCUACAUGGGCCUGGACUAUUUCAAGAACUUUCAGUUGCUUGUACUCGUCCAUGAGAAGCGACUACACGAUUCAUUUUCCUGCUCCACCACGAUUCGAUUGAUUUUCCACUAAGGUAGCGACUAGUGAGGAGGCCAAGAACUGUUUUAGUAUUUUUCAAUGUCUCACGACUUUACAGGGCGCGAUUGAAAAGGUGACCUCAGUGAAGAAGACGAUCAGGGAUCCAGCAAGCGGACGAACAACAACAAUCAAAGUGUGGAACGACACUGUGGCAAAUCUUACCCUGAUGGCCCUCGGGAGUUCCGCACCCGAAAUCUUGCUUUCCUGCAUUGAGCUUUUCAGCGAAGAUUUUCACUCCGGAGCGCUCGGGCCCUCUACCAUUGUGGGGUCCGCGGCCUUUAAUCUGUUGGUAAUCAUCGCGGUGUGCGUGAUCGCCAUUCCCAGUGGCGAAAUCAGAAAAAUCAAGGACCUGGGCGUCUUCGCCAUCACUGCGAUCUGUUCCGUCUGGGCCUACAUCUGGCUCCUCGUCAUCCUGCAGUGGACCACGGAGGACAUUGUCACCGUGGCGGAGGGCGUCAUUUCCUUCCUUUACUUCCCCGUUUUAGUCCUGAUUGGUAUAGAAGUUGAUAUGAUAUAGUGUAAUUUUAGUGUAAGUUUCUUGGCUAUAUAAAAAUAAAUGUUGAGUAGCAAUAGCUUUAUUUCAAGGUCCGGGCUCAGACGAAGCAAGUCCCUAUGAAAGCCAAAGCCGAGGUCUGAGCACAAAGGACUGCUCCUAAACGAACAUACUUAUCAACAUCCUUGUCCUGUUGAUACUGAUAGACUCGAUAAUAUAAAAACCUGCGCAUGAUGUGCAUAGUUCACCACGUUCUCAUACUCUGACUCCUCACAGCCUACCUUGCGGAUAUCGGUGUUCUCUGCCAGAAGACGACCACGUCAAGUGUGAUUUCAGCUUCCGAUCUGACCAAGGAGGAACUCGCGGAGCUGACGGCGAAGAUUCAGAAGCAGCACGGCGGCGCGCCGCUGAGCGAGGAGCAGCUGGCCCAGAUUAUGGCCUACGAGACCCAAUCCCACAGCCGAGCCGCGCGGCGUGUGGAAGCCACCCGGCGGGGUACCGGCUCGAAGAAAAUUCGGAUCCCCGGCGUGAGCAGCAUUAUGGGCUCCGUCGGUUCGAACACCAUUUCGCCGGAGGGAAAGGAGCGCAAGGGCAAGCAGAACGUGAUGGAGGUCGGGUUUUAUCAAAUGUAAAAAUGUCUGGGUCUGGAAGAAUGCAACUUGUCAUGCGAAAUCUGAAGCAUGCAAAAAUCUGUGUUGCAUGAUUGCCAAAAGUCGUCCAGUUUUGACCAAGUCGGGAGGGAGUUUCUCAUGCAGGAUAGGCAUGAGAGAGAUCGCGCAGAAUCUGUCAUGCUAGGUCCUGCAUUCCGGACCUCAUGGGUCAUGGAAAAUCUGCAUGACAAGUCGCGCAUUCUUCCAGACCCAGACAUUUUUACACUUGAUAGGUUUCUCGAGGGCACGACGUUUGCCAUUUUAGAAUCCGGGCAAAAAAUCAACAUGGCCGUGAAGCGCACCAUCACCGAGGGCACGUUGAGCAUCCGCUACGCCACCCGGGAUGGCACGGCGACGGCGGGCGAGGACUUUGUGCACAUUGAGGGCACACUGACGUUCAAUCCGGGCGAGGCCGAGAAGACGGUCACGGUAGAGAUCAUUGACGACGACAUUUACGAAGGUGACGAGCUGUUUUACGUCGAUCUGUCUGAGGCCAGCGGGCCGCCCGGUGUUACCGUCGAGAUCCCCAAACUCGAGGAAACCGCCACGGUAACUAGACACUUGAGAUUUAUAGUACCCAACUAUACUUUUGGUACAAGUUCUUAAAAAAGUAGUAUCUAUUGCUCAACACCGUCAUAGCCAUUUUCAGAAUGAUGUCUUUUGUGUGAGUCCAUCGGAUUUCAUUCACGGAAGUUUAGCUAUAGUAUCUCUAGCCAAGAAAUAAAGCUGCAAAAAUAUCCUUUUCCUUACCAACUGUGAACAGAUCACGAUUAUCGACGACGACCUGCCGGGUGUGUUCUGCUUCGAGAAGGAAUUGUUGGACCUACAAGAAAGCACAGAGGACUGCACCCAGAAGAUCCUCGUGCAGCGCCGCGGCGGUAGUACCGGUACGGUGACCUGCAAAUACGCAACGGAGGAAGAUAGCGCGACCAAGGACCGCGACUAUGAACACAUUGAAGGUACGAGGAGAAUGUGAAUUUAUUUCUACAGCAUCUUUAUGCCCUCGAAACUAGGAUUUUUUGGAUUUGCGAAUCAAUAGAACCCGCAUGGGUAGCCUUGAUCUAAGCUUGAAAUUAUGCAUAAGUAUUUUCCGUGAAGACAAAACACAAAUGUAUCCUAUCUGUAGAUGUAUCUAUGCGCCUUGUUUCUCCCAAACGUGGAUGCGUGCAGCUGCUGUUCCUGCCACUCGCGUCCCCUUGGCGUGAUGGUCGGGAAACAGUCCUUGUCGAAUCUGGAAGGAUUUCAAAAUGAGCCAAAUAUUUUCAUCAUCUUUUUCUAUUUUGUAAUAAAACAGGCGAGUUGACGUUUCUUCCGGGCGAAGUGGAGAAAGUGAUAUCUGUGCGCGUGCUGGCCCGGGGUCGGUACGAGGCGCUGGAGAAGUUUCGAGUCAUCUUGACCGAGGCGACGGGUGGCGCUUCGUUUUCCGCGGACACGGACGGCGGCGAGGAGUCGGGCAUCUGCACCAUUUCGAUCAUUCCCAACGAGGAACGCAAGCAGUUGGUGGACAAGGCCACCGGGUUUCUGAAGGUGAACGCGGACAAGAUGGCGAUCGGCAACGCGAACUACCGGGACCAGUUUGUGUCCGCCCUGUACGUGAACGGGUCUCCCGAGGAGCAGGCGGAGGCCGGCGCCGGCGACUGGGUCUUCCACAUUCUCACCGUGUUCUGGAAACUGCUGUUCGCCAUCGUCCCCCCCACCGACUACGCCAACGGCUGGGUCUGCUUCUUCUGCAGUCUGAUCAUGAUCGGCGUGUAUCAUAUAUAAAAACGUCCCCACCCCAUAGUCAAGUUGGGAACCUAGCAAGACAAAUCCACAAGUUUUGGACGCCACGCAUGAGAAAGUGCAGUCCGUAGUGUAGUGCAUGUUAGCGAGGACAACCGCAUCACGAAUCCAUCUGUUUAUCCUGUUUACAGCAUUACAAAUUCCAAAACGCGACUGGAAAUGCCUCUCAUGGAGAUGCGCAUUACAAAUCUUCCUGUAAUCGCAAAUCUGCAUGACAACUAUGGGGUGGGGAUGUUUUUACUCAGGAUAGCGUGCUCACCGCCAUCAUUGGCGACCUGGCCGCGCUUACCAAAUGUAAAAAUGUCUGGGUCUGGAAGAAUGCAAGACUUGUCAUGCAUAUUUCUCACGGCCCCUGGUGCCUGUAUUGCAUGACCCAGCAUCACAGAUCUUUAGAGGGCUUCCUGAUGCGCCUUCCGCAUCAGAAAUGCCCUGUCCGCGUAGCACAAACUGGACCUUUCUUGCUGGACAUGCAAUACAAGUUUUUUUAGAAUCCAAAAACAGCAUCACAAGUUGCAACCUUCCAGACCCAGACAUAUUUGCAAUCCAUAGCGCUGCUCGGGUGCGUGCUGGGCCUCCCGGCCUCCGUCACCGCGAUCACCUUCGUGGCCCUGGGAACCUCGCUGCCCGACUUGUUCGCCUCAAAAACCUCGGCGGAACAGGACGAGUACGCCGACGCCUCCGUCGGCAACGUCACCGGCUCAAAUUCCGUCAACGUAUUAGACACAGAAAAGUUGUGCUUGCUUUUGUUUUUGCUUUGGGUUUUGAUUGUUGUAGUCACAUGUUGCGGUUGUGCCAGACUUCGUUCGACUAUACAGGUUACGUUAGAAGAAAGCUCAAAUAAUGAAUCUUUGGUGCCAAAAUUUGGUGAUGAUGCAUCGUUUAAUAUUGGGGUUGUAUUGGCUCAUUGUCAUUUCGAAAAUAAGUGCCAUUAGUUACACACCCGUAUUGCCCUUGCGCCACACAGGUAUUCCUCGGAUUGGGGCUGCCGUGGAUGAUCGGUGCUUUCUACUGGAAUGCGGAGGGACGAACACCGGAGUGGGAGGCGAAGAUUGCGCAGAAGAAGCUGUCACUGCUGACAAACCCAGACCUGAAAGACGGCGGCUUUGUCGUUGUUGCAGGUAAACUUAUGAUUGCUUCUACGGUGUUUAUUCUUAUUGUCGUGUGGUCACCGAUCAUUGUUCCGCGACGCGAUGAGAAUUCGAAUUCGAAUUCCACAACGCUAGUGGGUGCACGAACACUACUUUCUUGCCACUUCCACUCUAGCAUUAGCGCUUUGAUGAUGCUGCUGGGAUGACGAAAUUAUGGCUCAAUCUACAAAAGAAACAAACUACAGGCUCCCUCGGUUACAGUGUGACGAUUUUCACUUUGACCGCAUUCGCGUGCCUGGGGACACUCGUGCUGCGACGAUACCUCUACGGCGGUGAGUUGGGCGGACCGGCCGGGCCGAAGUGGGCUACCUUCGCUUUUUUCUGCGCGCUCUGGGGUGUUUACAUUUCCUUGUCUUCCAUCAAGGCGCUCGACGAAGAGGACUAAAUAGGCUAUCACAGUCAUUUCUGGCUGCGCAGUAGCAUCGAUGAAUUGUAUAAUACACCAGAUUUUUGCCACAGUUGAGCAGUCACUUUCACGACGGCUUUGAUACCUAUGUAGUCCCAUGGCACGAAAAGAAGAAGUAGAGGUGGUUCAUCAGCAUUUUUUUUGAAGCACAGAUUCAGUUACUUUUAGUUUUAUGCUUAUCACUUUUUUAUGUUAUCAUGUUGUUUACACUAAAGUAUCACAAGCAGAAGCAGACACACUUUUUUUAUGUUGGAUUACAAGCACUUUCUAUUUUUUUACUUUUGAUUUACAAUUUCACAGAGUCAGAAUGGUUAAUUCAGUUGAUUACAAUUCAAAAUAUCAAGCGCCACUACGUUAAUGUGGUAUGUCAGGCGCCGGACAAAGCAAUAGCUGCGUACAGGCGAUGCACUAAUCUUCAGAUGCGCUCAGCAGCGACGAGAUAUCUCAUAGUUGCUCAGUUCCGAAGGAAGGAAAAGUUGCAAAUGAAUUUUAUUGUUGUGAGUCGCUAUCAGAAGUAUCAUUAUACAAAAUUUUUGGAAAGCGCUAUUUUUUCGCAUAUUUCGGCCGCAUUUAGGAUUUUUGUUAAACAACGCGCUACAACAUGAUCCACCUCUGUACACAUAUUUCAGAAUCCGUAACCCCAACAUCACAGUUAACAUAUCUUCAGCCCUAUGUACAAGACCCUGCGGCUUACGUACAGCCGCAACGCCUGAUACUACGUAUUCAGAUACACGACCUGGGAUGAUUUGAGGCAGCGCAAUGCUGCUCGAUAGCGUCCUAGAGCAGUGCUGCCACUACGCUUCAACCGGCUAGUGAGUAGCAGAACCAUCUGACUGGAGCUGAGGCAGUCUUUCGAGACUGACUAUCUGGCUCCCAAGGCAGUGCUUCGAAACAUCAGAACCAUUAGGAACGCCACAAAUUCGACGCAGGUUAUACGUCUGAAAUUGUACCAACUUUCUUG